AUGGACUCCACAUAUAAGACCAACAAAUAUAGACAACCUCUAUUUGAAAUUGUUGGCAUGACUUCGACCAAGUUGACAUUUGCGGUUGCAUUUGCUUAUAUGGAGUGUGAGCAGACAGAGAGUUAUUGUUGGGUCUUGGAUAAGCGGAAACAAUUGUUUAUGAAAAAAGAUGUGGGUCCACAAGUGAUUUUGACGGAUAGAGAUCUUGCUUUGAUGAAAGAAAUUGAAGUUAUGUUUCCUACGAUGCAUAACUUUCUAUGUCUUUUUCACAUUAACAAAAAUGUUGGGAUGAAAUGCAAGGAAUAUGUGUUGAAAGACAUGCAAGAGACGAUAGACACAUUGUGGAAAGAUGUUGUAUGUGCUAGUAGUGAGGUUGAGUAUGGUGUACGGUUGAAACAUAUUGAGCAAGCAUGCUUUGCUUGUAGUGACUUCAUCGAUUACGUGAAAAAUACUUGGUUGAUCCCAUAUAGGCAAAUAUUUGUAAGCGCAUGGAUUGACCGAGUUCUUCAUUUUGGUAACACCACGACUAAUCGGGUUGAGUCUGCACAUUGGAAGCUAAAGCAGAUGAUAGAGAACAGUCUUGGUGACAUGGGAAAAUGUGGUUGUACUAUGAGAACAAGUUAUGGGUUACUUUGUGCUUGUGAGAUGGGGAAAUUGAUUGUUGUUGGAAUCCCAUUACCAAUAGAAAGUGUUCAUCUUCAUUGGAGGAUACUAUCUAUGGAAGGUGAGUUGCCUUUAGAUGAGGAAGCCGGUUCAGAGGUGGAUAUAAGUAAUGCAAUUGAUGAAUUGUGGAAAAGUUUUAAAUCAUAA